AACCUCACUAAUCGUCUUCGUUGCUGAACUUGCUGAUGAACUGAAAACAGACUUGAAAUUAAAAUUUUCCUGUCUGAAGAUCGUGCAGAAAUAAACUACAAAAUGUUUAAAAAAUUUGAUGAAAAAGAAAGUAUAUCUGGUGUACUGCAGCUGAAAUCUUCAGUUCAAAAAGCUAUAAGAUCCAAGCUUAUUGAGUCAUAUCCUCAUUUGGAAAACUAUAUAGACAAUGUGUUGCCUAAGAAAGAUUCUCUUCGUAUCAUAAAAUGUCAUGACCACAUAGAAAUAAUAGUAAAUACCAAUGGAGAAUUGAUGUUUUUUCGGCAUAGAGAAAGUCAGUGGAUGCCUACACUGAGGUUAUAUCACAAAUAUCCAUUCUUUCUGCCUAUGCAGCAAGUUGACAAAGGUGCUAUUAGAUUUGUACUAAGUGGUGCAAAUAUUAUGUGUCCAGGUUUGACUUCACCAGGAGCUAAAAUGACUGAAGUACCAAAAGAUUCAAUAGUGGCAAUUAUGGCUGAAGGAAAAGAUCAAGCUCUAGCUAUUGGUAGGACCACUUUAUCAACUGAAGAAAUUGCAAGAGUCAAUAAAGGCAUAGGAGUGGAAAACUGUCACUAUUUGAAUGAUGGUCUUUGGCAAAUGAAACCAGUUAAAUAACUAAUUUAUUAUUUAUUUUUGUAUUGAUCUACAACUAUUUAAUAAAUAUUAUGAUUAUGAUUAUUACAUCAA